AUGGGUAGAGAAACCGUGAUUGGGCUUGUGGGAAAACCUUCCAGUGGAAAAUCGACUACGUUGAAUGCUCUAACAGACGCCAACGCAAAGGUCGGCGCCUUUCCAUUCACAACCAUAGACCCAAACAAGGCUACUGGGUACCUUGAAGUGGAAUGUGCAUGUAAAAGAGUUGGCAAGCAGCUGCUAUGCAAGCCCAACUACGGCUACUGCCGAGACGGAAUUAGAGGUGUACCUGUGAUGAUGUUGGAUGUGGCUGGUUUAGUUCCCAACGCUCAUUUGGGCCGUGGUUUGGGUAAUAAGUUUCUUAGUGACUUGACUGAAGCUGAUUGUCUUAUCCAUAUUGUCGAUGUGAGUGGAACCACCGAUGCAGAGGGCAAAGAGACUAGAGGAUACGAUCCUCUCAAGGAUAUUGAGUGGCUCCAGGACGAAAUCUUCCAGUGGAUCUUGGGAAAUCUCACCGAGAAAUGGGGCUCAGUGGUGAGAAGACAUAUUGCAACUAAAUCGUCCACUUUGGAGACGUUGCGUGCACAAUUGGGUGGAUACUACGCCAACAAACAGCUUAUAGCGAAGGCAUUGGAUGCUGUUCCCAACUUGGGACCUCUCCAGGAGUGGGACCAGGAGACCAUUGAGGAAGUGGUGAGACUGUUUAUGAACACCAAGUUCCCCACCGUUCUAGCUCUCAAUAAAAUGGACCAUGCAGAUGCAGACAAGAACGUGUCGAAGAUCAUGUUGAAAUAUCCGGAACUGAAGUGUGUGCUCACGUCAUCGCUCACUGAGGUUUUCCUCCGAAAGUUGGCUUCACAGAAUUUCAUUAAGUAUGAACUGGGAACCGAAUUUGUCGACACCGCCGAGGAUCUCCCCGACGAGGGCCUUCGUCCCUUGGAUGAGAAGUUAUUGAACAGAAUCGAAAACAUCCGUGACUUGGUACUCUACCGUUUCGGAUCCACUGGCGUGGUCCAACUUCUUCAAAGUGCUGCCCAGCUCUUGGACUUGGUGCCCGUGUAUCCAGUGAGAAACAUUCAUACGUUUGGCGGAAGUUCCGGUCCCAAUGUGUUCCGAGACUGUGUUCUCGUGAAGAGAGGCACGCCUGUAAUUUCCGUUGCUCGUAAGAUCAUGGGUGAUGUCACCAUUGCUGCCAUUGAAGGUGUUGGAGGAAUGAGAAUUGGCGAAGAGGAUACGGUUGAUGUGGGAAAGAACGAUAUUCUUUCUUUCCGUCUUGUUCCUGGUGGACACUGA